AGAGCAGCAACCGAGGCUGGGCUGCUUACAUUCUACGAUCCUGCUUUUCUCCAACCCUUCUCUUUCUCCUUACCACACGCAUCAGAUAAGGCGUGAUAUUCCGAGAAGAAUACCCCCGCCAAUGGCCACAGCGGACGCCGACAAAAGCCUUGUCCCUUUUCUCGAAGCCGCACGUGUACUCCAAUCGUCGAGUCAUCAAUAUGCCGCAAACAUCCAUCCCGGGUGGUGCUUUGGGCCGGUCGCGCACGGAGGGUACCUAGUCAGCGUGGUCUGGGAGGCCGUGCGAUUACAUUUCGCGACGACGUUGAAGCAGUCCCAGCAAUCGAACGCGAUUGCGCUGCACACCGAGUUCUUACGUCGCGCGGCGCCGGGAGAAGCGGUGGUGCAUGUUGAAGAUGUGCAGCUAGGCAGGAGAGUGAGUACCGUCGGCUUCAGUUUGAUGCAGGGCGGGAAGAAGAUUUGCACGGGCUUCGCAACACACUGUGGCAGUACUUCAAAGACGACACCAGUCAGUCUCAAUCUGGGUUAUAGCCAACCAUCCGCUCCUCCACCCGUGGAUUUCGAAGCCGUGCUCUCGGGUCAAGAUAAGAAUUGGAUUCGUUACGACGUGGUCCAGCCCGCCAACGCGGGCAAUCUGACGUUCAAAAACUUCAUCUUCGCAUACCCACGUCAGACAGCCCAGACACCAGCGGAAAAACGUGUGGCCCAACAGUGGAUGUGUCCCCGACUGCCACACCAGAGAUGGACGACAUCUAUGCUUGGCAUUCUUCUGGACUCUGCCACUCCACCGCCCGAGAACUUCUACCCGUCGAUGACGUUCGCUCAGCGCGCAGAGGAGGACACACGGCUCGGCAAGAAGCAAAGCAGAAUCCAUCCGCCGUGGAGAGAUGAAAGGUUGUACACGACAGCAGAUACGACGAUUGAUGUGAAGCGGCAAUUGCCCGAGGAGGGAGAGAAGUGGCUGAUGCUGAUCUCGCGCACAAAAGAGGUUGUCGACGGGCGCUUCGAUGUCGGCGCUGAAGUGUGGGAUGCGCAGGGGCGCUUGAUAGCGACCGCGUACAGCCUGUGGGAAAUGAUCGAGCUUCCCAACGCACCUGGUGGCGGAUCAUCGGGGAAGAGGAAGGGACAGGGCGCGAAGCUGGCCAGACUGUAGCAGCUGUGCGGAGCAUUACUCUCUUGAUAGGUAGUGGCUGUGAAUUCGUAGCUGCCUUCCUGCUGCCUAAGGAAGCCUAGUAGCACGGACAACAUUCAUUGACCACGUCUUCCUUACGAGCAGGUUAUCUGUUCCCAUUCAUUUAGCAAAUCCGUGAGUCAUACAUAAGCCCGC